CUUCCCUCGGGUUGCUGCCUGUCUGACUGCGAGUCCCUGCGCCGCGCUUGUAAUAAACGAAACCUCUUGCUUUUGCAUCAAGUUCUGGUCUCCGCGCUUGACUUGGGGCUGUCGCCUCUUCCGUCGGAUACACCGGGGGUCCUGGGACCCUACAUUUGGGGGCUCGUCCGGGAUUUGGCGACCCCCCUCAAGCGCUAGGAUCGGUCUUGGAGGUAAGCAGACUCCGGAGUCGUUUGGUGUUUGUUUUGUCUUUUGUUCGUCCUUAGUUUCGGUUUUCAUUUUGAAGAGGCAGGUUGCCGGCUCCGUAAGGAGUCGGCUCCUCUGGUUGAAGGGUCUUCGACCAGAAAAACUGCCACCCUGGGGGACGCCCCAGGAACGGGUGGUGACCAAGAGGUCUUGGUCACUUCUGGCGGUCCGGCGACGGGCACUCGUGUGUCCGGCCGGACCAGCAUCAGGGAGGGGUAUCACCCCUCAGCGGCCGUUUUGUGUCUGUUCAGAUUCGUGUGGUUUCGGUGUCUCGUCGUGUCACUUUUUGUUCUUUGUGCUUGUCUUCUGCUUUUUCUCUCUGAUCUAGGAAACAUGGGCCAAGGAAGCAGCACCCCUCUGUCUCUUACAGUGGCGCAUUGGAAAGAUGUCCAGAAUCGGGGAUUCAACCUCUCCGUCAGCGUCAAGAAGGGUCCUUGGCAGACUUUCUGCUCAUCUGACUGGCCAGCCCUAGGUGUAGGGUGGCCGGCGGAUGGGACAUUUGACCUAUCUCUUAUUUUUGCAGUAAAGAAUAAAGUGUUUCAGUCGGGAUCGGCGGGCCACCCGGACCAGCAGCCGUAUAUCGUUGUAUGGCAGGACCUAGUCCAAAACCCUCCCCUUUGGUUAAAACCCUGGCUGGCGCCCGGUACCUCCCGGGUUCUCGUGGCCCGGACCCCUCCCACGAGCCAGGCAAAACCCCCUCUGGUUGACUCUCAAGCUGAUCUUCUCCUCUUGGACUCCCCACCCCCUUACCCUUCUCCUCUCCAGCCGGAAUCGCCGGAGAGACCAGAGCCCUUAGCACUCCCUGCUCCCCGUGCAGAGGGACCGGCCCAGGGAACUCGGAGCCAAAGGAGACGUCCCACAUCCCCAGAUUCAACUGAUUCAAUUGUGGCCUGUCCGCUUCGGCCGUACGGGCCCCCGCCCCCUCGCGGGGACGAUGAUGAGACGGCCCUGCUCCAGCCGCUCCAAUACUGGCCCUUCUCCUCAGCGGACCUCUAUAACUGGAAAACUAACCAUCCUCCCUUUUCAGAAGACCCACAACGCUUAACAGGAUUAGUCGAGUCCCUUAUGUUCUCUCACCAGCCCACCUGGGAUGACUGUCAGCAGCUACUUCAGACUCUCUUCACUACAGAAGAGAGGGAGCGGAUUCUUCUGGAGGCUCGAAAGAACGCUCCCGGCCCCGACGGCCGGCCAACCCAGCUCCCCCAUCUGAUGGAUGCAGCCUUUCCCUUGACCAGACCGGACUGGGAUUUUAACACGGCAGAAGGUAGGGAGCACCUGAAGGUCUACCGCCAGACCCUAGUGGCCGGCCUCAGAGGGGCAGCACGGCGCCCCACAAAUCUGGCUAAGGUAAGAGAGGUCGUCCAGGGGCCCACUGAACCGCCCUCCGUUUUUCUUGAGCGGCUGAUGGAGGCGUUCAGGCGGUACACCCCCUUUGACCCCACCUCGGAGGAACAAAAAGCCUCGGUAGCCAUGGCUUUCAUAGGGCAGUCAGCUUUAGACAUCAAAAAGAAGCUGCAGAGGCUUGAGGGGCUGCAAGACUUUACCCUCCGGGACCUAGUUAAGGAGGCAGAGAAAGUGUAUCAUAAGAGAGAGACUGAGGAAGAAAAGGAGCAGCGAAAAGAGAAGGAGAGGGAGGAAAGGGAAGAGAAGAGGGAGAAAAGGGAAGAGAAAAGACUAACUCGUAUCUUGGCCGCAGCGAUAGGAGAAAAUAAGCCGCAGGAGAAAGAGAAGGGAAGGCGGGCAGGUAACCUGGGCAACAGGCCGCCGUUAGGCAAAAACCAAUGUGCCUACUGCAAGGAGGAAGGGCAUUGGAAGCGGGAGUGCCCGAAGAGACUAGCGAAAAAGGCGCUGGCACUUCAGGGAGAUAGUGACUGAAGAGGUCGGGGCUCGGAUCCCCUCCCCGAGCCUAGGGUAACUCUUAAGGUGGAGGGGAAGCCUGUUAACUUCCUGGUGGACACGGGAGCCCAGUAUUCAGUUCUCAAGAAACCGCUAGGGCCGGUCUCCCAGAAGACCUCCUGGGUAAUAGGGGCAACAGGAAAUAAACAAUACCCCUGGACCACCACCCGGACGGUGGAUUUAGGCGCGGGAAGGGUGACUCAUUCCUUCCUCGUAAUACCAGAGUGCCCAGCCCCCCUUCUGGGGAGAGACAUGUUAACUAAAAUGGGGGCCCAGAUCACCUUCACUCCACGAGGGCCGACCCUGACCCAACAUGGGGAACCAAUUACCCUCUUAACACUUCAACUCGAAGAUGAACACCGGUUGUUUGAGGGCAAAGUCCAAGAGGAUGGGAGGAUAGCGGAAUGGUUACAGCAAUACCCUGAAGCUUGGGCUGAAACUGCGGGGAUGGGCUUAGCUGCCGAACGGCCCCCUGUAGUAGUAGAACUUAAGUCUACCGCAACCCCGAUUGCGGUGCGACAGUACCCCAUGGCAAAAGAAGCCUGGAGGGGAAUCAAGGUCCACAUCCAACGUCUCCUACAUCUAGGGGUCCUGGUCAAAUGCCAAUCUCCGUGGAACACUCCACUCCUCCCCGUAAAGAAACCGGGAACUGACGACUACCGGCCGGUGCAGGAUCUGAGGGAGGUUAAUAAGAGGGUACAGGACAUACACCCCACGGUUCCCAACCCUUACAAUCUCUUGAGUGCCAUCCCUCCGUCUCACGUGUGGUAUUCAGUUUUAGACUUAAAGGAUGCCUUUUUCUGCCUACGGCUGCACCCUGCCAGUCAGAAUAUCUUCGCCUUCGAGUGGAGAGACCCUGACUCGGGGAUGACAGGACAGCUGACCUGGACUCGGCUUCCCCAAGGAUUCAAGAACUCCCCCACUAUCUUCGACGAGGCCCUUCACCAAGACUUGGCUGCCUUCCGCACGGACCACCCACGCGUCACUCUUCUCCAAUACGUGGACGACCUCCUCCUCGCCGGAGCCACGAAAGAGGACUGUGAGGCAGGUACCAGAGCUUUGCUCUUAGAGCUUUCUCGUUUGGGGUACAGGGCCUCAGCCAAGAAGGCGCAGAUAUGUCGGCGGAAGGUAACCUAUUUAGGAUACGCCCUAGAAGGAGGGAAGAGAUGGCUCACUGAGGCCCGGAAGAGUACAGUCACCCAGAUUCCUAGGCCACAGACCCCCCGACAGGUACGCGAGUUCCUGGGGACGGCCGGAUUCUGCCGCCUCUGGAUUCCGGGUUUUGCAACCCUGGCGGAGCCCCUCUACCCGCUGACAAAGCAAGGGAGUCCCUUCGAAUGGGGGGAGGCCCAUCAAAAGGCUUUUGACAAUAUUAAGGAGGCCCUCCUCUCUGCUCCGGCAUUGGCGUUACCAGAUGUAGCCAAGCCUUUCACCCUGUUUAUAGACGAAAGAAAGGGGGUAGCCAGAGGGGUCCUAACUCAGACCUUAGGCCCCUGGAAGAGGCCGGUGGCCUACUUAUCCAAGAGACUAGAUCCUGUGGCUAGGGGGUGGCCGGGCUGUUUAAGAGCAAUUGCAGCCACUGCCCUGCUUGUAAAAGAUGCAGACAAGCUCACCUUAGGGCAGAAACUGACUGUAGUGGCUCCGCAUGCCCUCGAGAGCAUUAUCCGGCAACCACCGGACCGGUGGAUGUCCAAUGCCCGGAUGACUCACUACCAGAGCCUCCUGCUAAACGAAGAUCGAGUCCACUUCGGGGCUCCGGUGGUCCUCAACCCGGCUACAUUAUUGCCGGAGGUGAAUCCCGAGGGUAAGGAAGUUCUACACUCAUGUCACGACAUCCUGGCAGAAGAGACGGGACCAAGGAGAGACCUUAAGGAUUCUCCCCUGGCAGGGCCUCAGCUUACCUGGUUCACAGAUGGCAGUAGCUACCUCCAUGAAGGUAAGAGGGUAGCGGGUGCAGCUGUAGUCGAUCGAGACCGAACUAUCUGGGCUAGCAGCUUGCCCGAAGGAACUUCAGCUCAGAAAGCUGAGUUGAUUGCCUUAACUCAGGCCCUCAGGCUUGCAGAGGGCCGCCGAGCCAAUAUUUUCACUGACAGCCGUUAUGCCUUUGCUACUGCUCAUGUGCACGGGGCCAUAUACCAUCAGAGAGGCCUUCUCACAUCGGCGGGGAAAGAGAUUAAGAAUAAACAAGAGAUCCUUGACCUCCUAGAGGCCGUCCAUGCCCCACGGGAAGUAGCCAUUAUUCACUGUCCCGGCCAUCAGAAAGGGACCUCAGAGACAGCCGUGGGAAACAGGAAGGCGGAUGCUGAGGCAAGGCAGGCCGCCCUCGGGCCCCGGAUAUUCGCCCUUGCUGCUGGCCCCACGGCAUUACAGUCAGGAGCCCCCCACUACACCCCAGAAGAAGAAGAAGAUCUGCUUAAAAGACCAGAGAAAUACCAUAGGGACAAAUUCGGGGUUUGGAGGACCACGGGGGAAAAAAUGGUGGUACCAAGGGAAGCGGCCACCGCCUACCUCCGCCAACUACAUCGCCUCACCCACCUGGGGGUCAAACACCUCUGUUCCACCAGCCGGGCAACUGGACAUUAUGUCAGGGGACUCAAUCGCCUCGCAGAGGAAGUAGCCAAGCAAUGCAAGGCGUGCCAACUGGUGAAUAUACACCCGUCCCAAGUCGGGGCGGGACAGAGACUGAGGGGAGACCGACCAGGAAGUUACUGGGAGGUAGAUUUCACCGAGGUGAAACCUGCCCGAUACGGUUACAAAUAUCUCCUAGUAUUUGUAGAUACUUUCUCAGGUUGGGUAGAAGCCUUUCCUACCAAGAGGGAGACUGCAACCGUGGUCGCCAAGAAGAUCUUAGAAGACAUCUUCCCCCGGUUUGGAAUUCCAAAGGUAAUUGGAUCAGACAACGGUCCGGCCUUCGUUGCCCAGGUAAGUAAGGGAAUGGCCAAGAUACUAGGGGCGGAUUGGAAGUUACAUUGUGCUUACAGGCCCCAGAGUUCAGGCCAGGUAGAAAGGAUGAACAGAACAUUAAAAGAGGCUAUGACUAAAUUAUCCUUAGAGACUGGCGUGGCAGACUGGACGGUGCUCCUUCCCUUUGCCCUUUUCCGCGCGCGAAAUACUCCCGGCCCCCUAGGAGUGACCCCCUUCGAGGUCCUGUUUGGGGCCCCUCCGCCCCUGGCCACUGACCCAUGGUCAAUGCCCACAGAUACUCACACCCCUCAAUCCCUGCUCGCCAGGCUGAAGGCCCUCGAGACCGUCCAGAAGGAGGUGUGGACUCCCCUGGCUGCCCUCUACCAACCAGGAGAGCUGCAGGUCCCCCACCAGUUCCAGGUCGGAGACUUCGUCUACGUAAGACAACAUCGAGCUGCUAAUCUCGAGCCAAGGUGGAAAGGACCCCAUUUGGUGCUACUGACAACCCCGACGGCAGUCAAGGUAGACGGCGUAGCCGCUUGGAUCCACGCCUCCCACGUUAAGCGAGCACCUCCUCCAGAGGAUGAUGGCCACGGAUGGACUGUGGAGAACACCGACAACCCUCUCAAGCUGCGGAUUCGCCGCCGCCCUCAUCCUCUUGCUGAGCCUGCCACUGAUAAGUAG